GGGGGUGGCAGAAUGAAGGAGGUGAUUGUUUGGCAGGAGGGAAACGUAAAAAGGACAGGAAGAUGAGGAGGAAGCUCACUCAGAUUCAGAUGAAGAUCACAAGCAACAGAAUGACGAAUCCCACGGGGGAUCUUCCUUUGCCCCUCCUGAUCAUCUGUCUGGUUUCCAUCAAUCCUCUGCCAACAGUGUCUGGAGUCACAGGGAAACCUCCGGACCUCUCAGAGUAUGACGUGUAUGAGGACACAGUCACCCCCUCUGGACUGGUCCCAGUGUCCCAACAGGUCAUCCAGCGGUGUGACUACGACCCCUGUCGUGAGGAUCAGACCCCCUGCCUCACCCUAUCAGCUGCCACUGGCUGUUCGUGCCCAGGAUUCACUCUGGACAGCGAUAUUCCAGAAGCUCCCAAACUAAAAUCAGUGUCCUACAACGGAUCAGGAGUAGUGGUCCGUUGGUGUGCUCCGUAUUCCCAGGUCACGACUUACGUCGUGGCAGUUGAAGGUCGUGAAGACGAGCUGGUUCUAGAGGAGACCCGGAGGAGUGGUAUAGUACAAGACAUGGACCAUAGAGCCAAAGUGUGUGUGUUUGCUGUGAACAGUGCCGGGAAGAGUGACGGGUCCUGUAUGAUGUACCGGCCCGUUGAUAACUGGCUGCCUCUGACAUCAGGGCUCAUCGGGGGGGCCGUGGGCCUCCUGCUUCUCCUUUUGCUGGUCGGCCUGCUGUGGAGGCGCAGGAGACAAAAGGAUAUGGAGACCAGAAAUGUGUGAACCGCAAAGACGCUGAGACAAGGAAAGACUCCAUUAAGGGUCCAUCAAGUCUUUAUUUAAAUCGGACUCUUCUGUCCCUUUAAAAAAUGUAAAGACAACAUUUAAUGCAAAACUCAUCUUUUGCAUCCUUUAGUGCUGCCAUGUGGGUCUCUACUGCCACUAUAAACUGUCCAAACAUGAAAACAUCCAUCCAUAAGUUUCCUGUCAGUGUUUGGUUGUCGGAAAUAUGUGCCUAAAACAAGCCGUUUCAAAAAGUCCCUAUUUGGGGUGUCACAAACGGGAACAUUUGUAAAAACAAAACAAAAAAAAACAUCUUUCAUGUGCAAGAUAGAGCUGCUGCUGGAAGAUCAGAGGAUCCACUCUGAGCCCUUCUUGGGAAUCUCAGCUUCUCAACUUAUUGACUCUUAGCACGUGACGUCACGCUGCUCAUGGAACCGCCCCUUUGCCAUGAUAGAUGGCAGAAGGACCGUUAUGUACUGGUUUACACUCGUUGAAACUCCUGGGACGCCAGUCAAAACAAGACAUUUCGUAGCCUUAUGCUGCUUUUAUUUAGUUGAUUUCACAGUAACAUGGUAAUAGUUUGCUGCGCGGUUGGCUGAGCUCACAGACAAGGACGUAAAUUCAACUCGUCUUGUUUUGAAUAACUGUGAUGGAGACAAAAGACAGUUGAGCUGCAGCGGUAACAGACUAGCAGCCCUGAAAGUAUUUACGUAUUUACAGCCAACACAUGGAAGAUGUGCUGUACCGUCCGCUGUAGUGAAAUGCAAGCUAAUUAUUUAUCAUAAUAUUGUUCCAGUGUAGGAUUAAGUGUGUGUUUAAUUACAUUAUUUAUUUAGCAUCAUGAGAUAUCUUGUCCCAUCCUGGUGUGUGAGCUGCAUCUGUCAACACAUUCUCAUACCCAAAGCAUCGAAAAAUUACAACGGGUGACCAAGUGUUGGUUUCCGACCAACAGGCGACGCGCUGUGCCAGAGCGUCGGUUUCAGACGCCUGCAGUAAAACGCACAUUUAACCAACAUUUAACCU